GUUGAGGAGAUCGUGGCCGCCACCGCAGGUGCUCCCGAGGAGGAGGAGGCGACGGCCAUUAACCUGCCUUCGCACAUCCAGGAGGAGAUCCUGGGCUACACCAUGCGCUUCACGGGGCACGUGCAUCAGACGGUGGUCCAGGUCUAUGGCAAUGUGAACAUCCGGAUACCCUCCGUGGACUUGGAGGACGUAGAUGCCGUAAGACACGAUCCAAGCGUCAUCUCCAUCCUGGAGCAGGCAGUGACGGAAUGGAGCAACAUCAUCGAGAAGGUGCUCUACGAAGAGUCCAAGAGGGAACCCGACAGCGAGUUUCCCAUGGCUGAGAUCGACUUCUGGCGUGAUCGAUCGUCAAAGGUCUCCACCGUCUACGAGCAGCUGCAGCUACCAGGCGUCAAGAAGGUGCUCGAGGUCCUGGAGUCAUCGGAGCCACCGGUGCUGCAGCAGUUUCAGGACCAGUUCGGAUCGCUCCAGCAGAUGCACAUUGUGGCCAAGGAUAACGUCAAGUUCUUGACGACUCUUGAACGACAUUUCAAAAGCCUGGCAACGGGAUCCAUGCAGACCAUCGUCGAGACUUUGCCCUCGCUGAUGAAUGCAAUCCGGAUGGUGUGGAUUAUCUCCAGGUAUUUCAACUCGGACAAGUACAUGGAGCCGCUGAUGAAGCGAAUCGCCGACCAGAUUGCCGAAAAGGUACAAGAGCAGAUCAACAUCAACCAGAUCCUGUCACUAGAUCCACCUAAGGCCAUGCAGAUCAUCCAGGACGGAAAGAGGGCCUUGGAUUCAUGGACUCAGAUUUACCUCGACACGCGAGACAAGAUGGAGGAGAGUGCAACGACCCAGCGUUGGGACUUUGACCGUGCCCUGCUUUUCAAGAAGACGGGUUACAUGUCGAAGGUUUGUGAGGGCCUCUACGGGAUCAUGCAGGUCCUCGACCAGUUCUACAAGUUCUUAGGCCCCGAGCUGAAAGAGGUCACUGGAGACUCGCAGGGUAUCGACCAGCUGCUGCGCGAAGUGGAGGCGUUGAAGACGGAUUUCCGCAAUGUGAAAAAUGUCUUCGACGACUUCAGCCAGCCGCACUGGGAAAGCUCGCUUAGCAGGUUUCAUGAGAAGGUGGUCGUCAUCGAGGAAAGGGCCAUCAAGUUCCUGAACCGAAGCUUCCAAAACCUGCGCAGCGCAGAGGGCGCGUUCAAGCUGCUUCAGAACUUCAAGAACAUCGAGUCCCGUGAGCGGAUCAACAAGAAGAUGAACGAGAAGUUCGUGGCGAUCUUGCUGCGCUACGGCGUUGAAGUUGCGAAGCUCAAGGCGAUCUUCCAGCGGGACAAGGAAAACCCGCCGAUCUCCAAAAGCACGCCACCCACUGCAGGUGCCAUUCUCUGGGCCCGAAGCAUCUUCCACCGCGCGAAGCGACCCAUCCUCUCCUUCAAGACCAUGCCACACUUGUUGCAGCUACCGGAGGGCCAAAAUGCAUGCAAGGAUUACGUGGAGCUCGGCAAGGAGAUCUUGGAAUACGAACAGGCGCUUUUCGAGGCAUGGCAGACGACAGCGGUAGAGCUGGCUGUGUCAUGCUUGAAGUACAACGUGCUAAUCAAGGACCAGCGAACAGGAGCAUACAAGGUGAACUUUGCCAAGGAGCUUCAGCUAUUGAUUCGUGAGGCCAAGUACCUGGACCAGCUGGGUGGCUUCGAGCUACCCCACACGGUCCUUAACGUCGCCCUGCAGCAGGAUCAGUACAAGGAGUUCGUGGAGCAACUAGACCUCCUGAUCGAUGCCUACAAUGCAGCCGUUGGCGACCUCUCGCCAGUGCAGCAGAAGCUGCUGAGGAAGCAGAUCCUGGACCUGGACAAGUGCUUGAGUCCGGGUCUCUCGCCCCUGAAUUGGAACUCUUUGGGCAUCAAGGACUUCAUCGAGGCCGGCAACCAAGGCAUUACGAAGUUCCGCGGUGCCUUCCGCGAUCAGGUCGAGAAGAGCGAGGAGCGAAUCGCCAACGUGGUCAGCGCGAUCGAGAAUGCCACGCUCGUGAAGCCAUUCGACUGGAACCGCGCAGACGUCAUGGACCACAUGGAGUUCGGCGAAUUCUUCGAGAGGCAUCGCCUCGCACAGCUGGAUGACCUAGUGAAGAAGUACGACUCCAUUGGGCCUUUCCUGGUGAAGAUCGAGGAGACAACCGCUGGCACCAAGACUGGUAUGGCACCUUCCAUGGCUGAGUACUACCACUACUGGGAGCGGCGGAUCUUCAAUGCCAUCACCACGAUGCUCUUAAGAGGCAUGAGCACCUUCCAAACCUUGUUCAGCGCUGGAGAGAGGAAGAGGCCCCCUCUCUUGCGUGUGAAAGCCGACUGCAGUGGAGCGGAGAUUGACGACAAUGCUCUCCAGUCGGUCUUCCGACUCAUCAGCAAGCUGCUGAAGAAUACGAUUCAGUCAGCCAAGUCCUUCGUGCGGUGGAUGGAUGGCACGUGCCGCAUGGUGCCUCCUCAGCCGGGGCAGGAGGACGAGCAGCAGCAGAUGUUCACGUUCUACCGCGAUGUGAAGGACAACCCCGCGCUCUUCGAAAUGACAAUCAACAUCCAGAACAGCAUCCAGAAGAUCUUCUCGAUUAUCGACAAGUUCCUCCGGCACUGGAAGCGCUACGAAGACAGGUGGAAGCUCUGGGACCCCAAGUGGAAGCAAGACCUUGAGAAAGUCAAGGAGAAGCGUCCACCUUUCGUCUUCUUCGAUGCCCACAUCUGCGUGUAUAAGAGCUUGGCUGAUAGCCUGGCCGCCUAUCCACCGGAGAAGGACAUCGGCUUCGUGCGCAUCGACUGCACAGCCAUUGUGGCGGCCAUCCGGACUCAGGCGAUGGAUUGGGUGGCCGGCUAUGGCGAUAUCUUGCGCCAGCUGGCCUUCAAGGAUCUCACGAGAAUCCAGGCGGAGAUCACGGAGUUCCGAGAGCAGCUACAGGAGACCCCCGACUCCCUGGACAAGCUGAAGUUCAUCCUCAGCGUGAUUUCGCAGAUCUUGGCAGUGUCCAUGGACAUGGAGCUACGCAUGCAGGACGUCCGGGAACGCUAUCGCACCCUCGAGCUCUACAACUGCCAGUACGAGAUGCAGGAGUACGAGGAUGCGAAGGCGCUUUCCGAGAUGUGGCGCUUGCUGAAGGACGAGGCCCUGACCAAGGAUCGUCGAAUGGUCCGGGUGAAGGAGCACUUCUCGGAAGUCACGCAGGAGCAGGUCAAGGACUUCUCUGCUGAGUGCAAGGAGCUGUGGCUGGGUGUGGAGUUGAUGAAGAAGUACGACAUCAACGUCAAGCAGUUCCAGCGAAAACGAGAGGACCUGGUGAAAGCCCAAACUCUCUUCAACCUGCCUAUCCAGACCUACCCGGAGCUCCUGCAGUUGGAGAAGGACCUCCGACUCCUUCAGCAGAUCUACAAGGUCUACAUCGAUCAUGCGGCCAUGGUCAACGAAUACAGCAACGCCUUCUGGACGAAGUUCGACAUCAACGCGCUGACGAAGAGCGCCGAGGAGUUCGACAAGCUCGUCCGGCGAAUGCCCAAAGAGCAAAAGGAACUCGGGGAGCUCCAGACCUUCCAAAAGCUCGAGGAGGUCGUCACUUCCUUCAAGGCAGGGGUGCCCCUGAUCCAGCAGCUGAAGAGCGAUGCCAUCCGCAAGGUCCACUGGGAGGAGCUGAUGCAGCUCGCCGGCGUCGAGACGGAAGAUUUCGACAUCAAGAAGAUGACCUUAAACUCCGUCUUCGCAAUGCAGCUGCACCGCUACCCCGACGAGGUCAACGAGCUGGUGGUGACGGCUCAGAACGAGCUCAAGAUUGAAAGCGAGCUUGCGAAAAUUGACAGCACAUGGCGCAACAUGCCUUUGGGCCUGAAAGCCUACAAGGGCGAGCCCAGCAACCCACGUGGCUAUGCGCUGCUGCCGAACGAGGAGAUGAAGCAGACCUUGGACGACCAUGUCCUCACGCUCCAGUCCAUGAGCUCCUCGAAGUAUGCCGCGAAGCUCUUAGAUACCAUCAAGCGCUGGGAGAAGAACCUCUCGGUGGUCAGUGAAGUCUUCGAUGCCUGGAUGGUGCUUCAGAGGAAGUGGAUGUACUUGGAGAGCAUCUUCCUGGACUCCGAGGACAUUAGCAUGCAACUGCCGGAGCAGGCGAAGCAGUUCGUGCGCUGUCACAAAGCCUACACCAAGAUCAUGUAUGCCACGCAGGCCUCACCCCAGGUGCUGUCGGCCUGUUGCCAGGACGGUCGACUGGAGGAGUUCAAGGGCCUAACCUCGGAGUUCGACCGAAUCCAGAAGUCUUUGACCGACUAUCUGGACACGAAGCGCUCCGCCUUCCCUCGUUUCUACCUGAUCUCCGAUGAUGAGCUCCUGAGCAUCUUGGGGACCAGCGAUGCGCAGGCGGUGCAGCCUCACAUGUUGAAGCUCUUCGACAACUGCAAGACCCUGGAGUUCAGUCGCGGCAAGACAGUGGUGGGCAUGUACUCGGACGAGGGCGAACAUUUCCGCUUCCACCAAGCCCAGAAGGCCGAAGGAGCCGUGGAAGAUUGGAUGCUCACGGUGGAUGAGCAGAUGCAAGAUACACUGCAGCGGAUCUCCAAGACUGCGGUCUAUCACUAUGCCUCCCAGGAGAGGAUGGAAUGGGUGCAGAGCUACAUUGGCAUGGUGGCCAUUCUUGGAACCCAGAUUUGGUGGACCUGGCAGGUCGAGGACGCCUUCCGGAAAGUAGCAGAAGGAGACAAGAAUGCCAUGAAGAACGAGCUGAAGAAGGAGAACACCCAAGUUCAGGACCUCGUUGCGUUCGUGCGUUCGCCCAUCAACAAGCUUCAGCGCAAGAAAGUCAACACCUUGAUUAUCUUGGAUGUCCACGCCCGAGACAUUGUCGACCGCUUCGUUCGCGACAGCAUCCUCAGCAAAGAGGAGUUCGCCUGGGAGUCGCAGCUCCGGUUCUACUGGGACAGGAAGAUGGAUGAUGUGGCGAUUCGCCAGUGUACGGGGCAGUUGAAGUAUUGCUACGAGUAUCAGGGGCUCAACGGCCGUCUGGUCAUCACCCCGCUUACGGACAGAUGCGUCAUGACUCUGACCACAGCACUGACCUUCAACAUGGGCGGUGCGCCGGCUGGCCCGGCGGGUACCGGCAAAACCGAGACGGUCAAGGACCUGGCCAAGUCAUUGGCCAUCUCCUGCGUGGUUACCAAUUGCGGAGACGGUCUGGACUUCCGGGCGAUGGGAGUGAUCUUCAGCGGGCUUUCAGAGACAGGCUUCUGGGGAUGCUUCGAUGAGUUCAAUCGAAUCAACGUCGAGGUCUUGUCCGUCGUGGCUGCGCAGAUCAAGACCAUCCAGAAUGGCUUGAAUGGUGGCAAGAAGACGGUCGAGAUGCUUGGUCGUGAUGUGGCCCUAAAGACCACGAUCGGUUACUUCAUCACCAUGAAUCCCGGCUACGCGGGUCGAUCUGAGCUGCCGGACAACCUGAAGGCCCUUUUCCGUCCAGUGACAAUGAUCGUGCCGGACCUUCUCAUGAUCUGUGAGAACAUGCUCAUGUCCGAGGGCUUCAACAUGGCGAAGGUGCUGGCCAAGAAGAUGACCGUGCUCUAUGCGCUUUCCCAGGGUCAGCUGUCGAAGCAGUACCACUACGACUCCUGGGCUUUUAUAUAG